AUGGCUCUUUCAUGGCGUCAGAUGGUGAUUGUUUCUCUGGCUUGCCAUGUUUUCCUCUUGCUGCUUAGUGAGACAAGGUGGGAUGUCAUGUCGACGGUGUCGCGUUUUGCUGUGUUAUUCCUGACACAAGUUACGGGCUGGCUCCUCUGGUCUGUAUUCAUCUAUCCGCACUUUAUAUCGCCACUUCGACAUCUCCCUCAGCCAGGAAAGUCUCACUGGCUUCUCGGGCACCGUGCCUGGAUGCAUCCCACAGAUAUCGGCAUCGACGCAAAGAAAUGGGUCAACGAGAUGCCCCACAAACACUUUAUCCGCUUCUUGGACUACUUUAACCGGGAUUGCCUACUCGUGACCUCGGCGGAAGCCAUAGGCGAGAUCCUUGCCGAAAAAGACCACAUAUUCAAGCGGUCAGCCCAGUUCCGCUUCAUUUUUGGGAGAUACGUGGGACACGGUAUUGCUGUAGUCGAAGGACGUGCGCACAAAGCGCAGAGGCGAGCGCUGAGCCUCGCAUUUUCCGCGCGGCAUGUUAGAGACUUGUACCCUCUCUUUUGGGCCAAGGGCUCCAAGGCGGUGCGCGCAAUCGAGGCGAGGGCGGCUGAACAAGAAGCGCCGCUAACUAUCGAAUGUCAUGACUGGGCGGUACGUUGCGCGCUGGAUGCGAUGGGCACGGCGGGCAUGGGUAUGGAUUUUGGCACAAUAGACGACGAUAAGCACAUGUUGGUGCAGGCGUACGAGAGGCUGAAGGAGUUUUCAUGGCAGGACGCCGUGGUGAUAUUAGUUGGGACUUAUAUGCCUGAACGCAUAGCAACGAGCCUCCCGCUGCGCCGCAAUCGAGUUGUUGAUAGUGCGCUGGCUGAUAUCCGUACGGUAUGUCGGGAUGCCAUACGCGCGAAGCAAAAUGCGAUGGCAUUUGCUGAGAAAUCCGCACAUGUGAAUAUUUGCUCGGCGAUUGUAAAUAGUGGCAUGUUCAGCGAGGAUGAGGCGGUGGAGCAGCUCAUGUCGAUGCUGUUCGCGUCGCACCAUGCGCCAGGCCGGACAUUGACGGCAGCUGUCUACGCGCUGUGCCGGUUCCCAGAGAAACAGAGGCGGCUGCGCGAGGAGGUGCACCGCUGCCUACCGUCAGUCGACAACUUAGCCGAUGGUGUGUCAAGUGCCCACAUCGAGGGCAUGCCGUACCUGAAUGCUUUCUGCAAGGAAGUUCUCCGCAAGUACAGCACGGGCGUCUCGUCGCGCCAGGCGGCUAGCGAUACGACGGUUCAGGGCACUCCUAUCCCCAAGGGAACCACUAUUAAGCUGUCUGUGAUGAGCGCCAACGGGGAUCCUAUGCUCUGGGGUAGUGAUGUGGGCGAGUUUAAGCCCGAGCGCUGGUUACCCGGCGGAGGCAAAGAGACCGUUGCGGGCGCGGACGAGGACAAGGCCGACGGAGAAGACAGAACGGCGCUGGGUGGAGCAGCAAGCAAUUUUGCGAACCUGACGUUUAUGCAUGGCCCGCGCAACUGCAUUGCGGCGCAGUUCGCCCAUGCCGAGCUUGCAUGUCUGCUCGCAACUUGGGUGGGCAGGUUCGAGUUUACGCUGGAGGACGAGGAGCUUAUGGACGAGAGUAAGCUGCGGGCGAGGGCGUUGGAGACGAAGCUCAAUGUGUGUGUUCGGGUGGUGAAUGGGUGGUCAUGA